AUGGCCGCCACAGCACUGAUGACACUACGUACUUGCGCACGGUGUCUGCGCGCCAAUCGACCGCGGAAUCGCCCCGUGCCUUUUCGGCCAGCUACCGGUGCAAGCAGUAGGUGGUUCGCAGAUGCAGCGACACAACGACAGGAUGAUACCGAUGGACAGGAGCGGGAGGAGCGGCAGCAGGCGGCGUUGAAGGAUGAGGAAGAAGAAGGAGCAUUCACACGGCGCAUGCGCUUGAUGAGCGAGGAAGCGCUCGAGAGUGGCGGACACGGCGUACGCAAAGCCGUAGAAGAAGCGGGCUUCAACGCCGACCUCAAGGCACAGCUCGAAAAGCGCAUAGUCGCUGCAUCUCUCCAAUCGCCUGAAGUCAACCUCCCCGCCUCUGCGUCCCGCCACACACGCGACCUCGCGACGAGCGAGGCAUGGACGGGCACCGAGAGCGUCCACGACGCCUCUCUGCGUAUGCUCAACGACGCCCACAAGCCGUUACGAAUAGGCAAGCGCACAGCACCAGGCCCCGCUGUCCAAAUGCCGCAGAACAUCGACACAGGCCGCAGCCGCAGCAAGAGAGGCCACGGACUGCGUCUUGCCAAUGCGCGCGACCGCACAAAUGUGUACGCUUCGGUGCAAUCUGACGACAGUCUCGAAGAAACAGAGCGACAACGACGCCUCCGAGCAUUGAAAGAACGCUUCGAGCCCGGCGCUCGCGCCAUCGUCCCAGGCUCCAUCCAAGGCCUCGCCUCGCUGGCCAACAAACGCAUCGAAGACGCCAUUGCGCGGGGGCAGUUCAAAAACAUCCCGCGCGGCAAGGGCAGGAACGUGGAGCGCGAUCACAACGCCAAUUCGCCCUUUAUCGACACGACCGAGUACUUCAUGAACAAGAUCAUCCAGAGGCAGGAGAUUGUGCCGCCAUGGAUCGAGAAGCAGCAGGAGCUCACAUCUGCCGCGUCCAAGUUCCGGAGCAGACUUAGGGCGGACUGGAAGAGGCAUGCUGCGCGCAUGAUUGCGGCCGCGGGUGGGAGUCUGCAAGACCAGGUGCGGCGCGCAGAGGCCUAUGCGUGCGCGGAGCAGAUUGUCAAUCCGUCGAAAACCAUGAAAGAGACGCUGACUACGGUCGACAAAGAAGGACAGAUCUCCCAGAUCUCGCUCUCGGUCGAAGUGAAACGAUACUCCUCCGAUCCCACAGGCAGCACGCUGGCCUCUCAAAUCACCGCUGAGAAAGCACCACUCGAUUCUGGUACAGAAAUCAAGUCUGCAGCAACCACAACACAUACCAUCGAGGUCCCCUUACCAGACCCACUCGCAAACGCUGCGACAGCAGGAGCAGCAGCGGCACAAACAGUUGCCACAUUAGACUCAGCAGCAUCGGCCGCUUUCCCGGCGCCGACUACUGUAUUCCGCGACCCCCUGUGGCUCUCCAACGAGACAUCCUACCUGUCGGCGGCAGUCGCAGAUCUAAAUUCCAAAGCACGCAGCUAUAACCUGCAAGCCCCCGAGCUAGCACGCAAGCCCUACUUCAAUCUCGAACGGGAGCUGCGAUCAUGUUAUUCGGACGUAGCGCCAUUGCUCGCGGAGGCAGUCCUCGAACGAGCUAGAAAACCAAUUAGGAAGGCCAAUGAAUCGUUUGGCCAGCAGCUCAGCGAAAGAGGCAUAAUGGGUACAUUGGGAGGCGUGCCUGCGAGAAUCAGAGACGAGCGGACCACGAAACAAUAUGGCUUCAAGCAGUUCUGGAAUGAGCUGUUCACGCCGAAAGGCAAGGACCCGUGGGCGUAA